AUGGCAGCUGCCAAGCACAGCCAAAUCUCCACAAUCUGCUCACUCCUGCUCCUCUGCGCCACCCUCCCACUAAUGGCCGCCGCCGCCGCCCAACAGAGGAAGCCGUCCGUCGCCGUGGAAGGAGUGGUCUACUGCCUGAGCUGCAAGUACGCCGGCUCGGGGUCUCUGAUCGACGCCACGCCGAUCCAAUCAGCCAAUGUCAGCGUCAGUUGCGCGAAUUCCGGAGUCUACCAGAUCAAUCAGACCGACGUGCACGGCUACUUCUACUCGUGGCUCGAUGGGCCCAAGCUGGGCCGCGGGGGUUUGGGCAAUCCGAUCCAGGCCUGCACGGUGAAGCUGGUUUCUUCCCCGCUCGAGGCCUGCAAUGUGCCUACCGAUCUUAACCAUGGUAACGACGGAGCCAAGCUCCGGUUCGAGGGUAAAGUGGUGAAGUCGCCUCAUUAUGCUGUUUUCUAUGCUGCUGGUCCCUUGGCGUUUCGCCCUCAGAUGUGCGCAAAUUGA